AUGAGCCACUCGUCCAUGGGAAACUAUAGCAGGCUCGAGACCAACUUGAAAAAUUCUCAACAUGGUCUGAAACAACACACAAUGCCCAGACCAGAGAUAAGAGAAGUCAAGGCAGUUCGUGAUCAUCGCUCUCGUCCUUGUAUGUUUGAAGCUGUUUGGACUUCGGACUGUUCAGAUGUCCUUGGCCGUGGGGAAAUAUCAGUCCGGGAGCUCACUGUGAGGUUGAUAUUUACCUCUUCAGUUACUCGCAUGGCAAUAUACCCUUCGCUGUCACGCCAAAACAGCACCAUGUACACUCUGCCCACCAUUUUACAGUUCAACUCAACACGAGUGAACUGGGACGCGGAAUACCCCCACUACCCACACUCCACACCCACCACCCCACAACCCACAGGACCCACACCCACACCCCAGAGCCAUUGUGUAGUGACCGUGCCUGCUGAGGAUAACCAGCGCGUUCCACGACAGGGAGCUGAAGGAAAAUUACCUCCUGCAACGAGUGACAUCCUUAACUUCAUUGCAGCAAAGUCUAGUGACUCUUGCAACAUCGUAGUGACGGUCACCGAUGUCAACGACGAGGCACCCGACAGAUUCGACUUGAACCCACCUGCAGAAACCUUCACUGUGCACGAGGACAUGCUUGAGGGCGAGUGGGUCGGGGGCGAGGAACCGUUCAAAAUCAGGGCUCAAGAUGAUGACCAGCCCGGGACUGUGAACACGAUAAUCACUUACUAUGUCGAGUGGGUUCGUAAGGUCGGAGGGACAGAGAAUCUCGAUUUCUUUACAGCUGUCAACAAGAAUGAAACUUGGUCGGAUGGCAGCAUUUCAUACUACUGCCAGCUGAUGGCUACACAGGACUUAAUGUGGCAAAGGGGGUCAUAUGAGAUACUCUUGGUGGCCGAAGACAGCGGAGAACCGAAACUUUCCGGCAACAAAACAUUCGAUAUCGAGAUCCUAGAUUCGAACGACAACGCUCCAGAGUUCGUGUUCUACGGGUGCCUCGCCGAUGGAUUGCAAAUCAAAAUGGAAGAGAAUAAAUACGAAGCUGGAAGCAAAGUCCUAUGCUCAACAGAAGAAGACGUGAGGCCACUGCAGAUCUACGUGGUAGACGAAGAUAUAGGCGAGAACAGGGACUUUGACUGCGAGAUUGACUACAAAAAUUCAACUGCCGUAGCUGUAAACGGUACUGAUCAGCUUCAGGAAUUUGAGCUCAGACGGGAAUCCGAUCAGUGUGUCUUAUAUGUGAAUUCGGUCAUUGACAGAGAAUCAGGCCGACGAUACAAUCUUUCUCUACACGUGAGGGACAAGGGGACGCCGCCGCUCGAAUCCUGGGAGUAUUUGGAAGUCAUUGUCACCGAUGCCUUUGAAGCCCCGCCUUACUUCUGCCUCGAUGGGCGGUGCACUCAGACCAUCUACAUGAAAGAGAAUGACCCCGCCGUGGAAGCCAACUUCUUGGAGGGAACAGACACAGACAACAUUGAUUUCGAUCCAAAUGACCCUGGGACCUAUCAGGAAGUUUAUUAUGACAUUGUAGGAGGGAGCACCAAUUUCUUCCAGCUGGGAGACAGGACGAAGAACACCAUCCAACUCAAGAACCUCCCCCAGGGGCUCGACCGCGAGGGCAUGCCCGAAUACCAACUCUACAUCGACGUCACCAACGACCCCGCCACGCAGCCGCCCAUCUCCGAGGUUAUCGCCAGAAACUAUACUCUUUAUUUGACAAUCAAAGUCCAGGAUGAGAACGACAACUCGCCAGAAUUCCAGAAAGCGAUUACAAUUGCAAGCUUUACGCAGAAUGAUGAAAAGGGCAAAAGAAUUGCUGUAAUUCAGGCCACCGAUCUCGACCUGAACGAAACCAUUACCUACGACCUCGGAAAAUUCACCUGGAAUGACACGGAUGGAACGGCGCCCACUGAGGAGCCAUUCAAAUUAGAGAACGGUGCAGACCUGAUUCUUAAUUUUAAGCCAACAGGAUUGAACAGUGGAUACUGCACAUUCCCUAUAAAUGCAUACGACAAAGAUGGCAAAACAAACUUCACAACAGCAAAGGUCUAUGUCAUCACAAAUGCCUUCCAGCUUCCAGUCGUUUUCAAUAACGAUAUUAGCAUGGUGUCAGAGAAAACAGAGGAUAUCGAAGAAAUAUUCACGUCGGUGUACCAAUACUCGUGUGUUGUGGACAGCACGACGACGCAGACCUCCGACACGGGCGAGGCGGUGGAGGGGAAGACCGUGGUGUUCAUGCACUUCAUCGACGAAACGCACAACGAGCCCGUCCCGAAGGAUGCCAUUAUUCAGCAGACGACGGACGUGGAAGUCAUCAAAGAACUCCGAAGGAAGUUGAGUGAGAUUAACCUCAACUUGAACUCAGUCGGAGAUGAACAGAUCGUUACCGAGAGCAAUGACACACUCUUGCUGCAGGUGCUUUUGGGAGUAGUGUCAUUAGUGCUGGGUUCGCUAGUGGUCCUCCUCCUCAUUGCAUACUGCAUCAGGACGCGAAGCCUCGAGCGCCAAGUUUAA